AUGGCUGUGGUGCCUUGGUUUCCAGGAUUCUCCAGCAAUGUCACGACAUUCCCAACACCUUACAACCAACCCUCAGUCAUACAUUCUGGAGGGAUCCGUCGUCGCAGAAUCCCCACAUCAUGCUUCACCAAUCCGAUGGGAAGCGGCGGAGUCGUGCGAAACAUACACAUUGAGCGUCAUGAGCGCCCUAGCUAUGGGGGAAGCCGGCUGUGGAGGGGCGGGAAGAGUGUCAACGCGAUGGCGGACAAGAGUAUAGAGGCCACUGGCGACUUUGGCUGGACUCUCGAUUACGCGACUGCAUGGCUCUACAGACAUCUUACGAGCAGCAUUCCAGAUGUUGCAGACACGAUUGAUACUUUACGGGACUGUGGCGACGAUGACUACUUGACUCCCGACUAUGCCUAUCUUUUCUUUGAUAUGCUCGAUGCCAGGCUCUUUGCCGGAAAGCUCAAAAAUGCAGUAUAUCUGCGCUGGAGAUCGAUGCCCAGCUGUAUGCCAGGAAUCACGUCAGCACCAAAAGUCAUACCAGAUGUGCCACGCGUCUGCAUCGAGCUCAAUCGUACGCCCUUUGAAGAGGAAGAUGCGGAGCUUGACGACUUACUUGGCGCCAUGAUCCAUCAGAUGAUCCACGCUUUCUUGUUGGUGUGCUGUGGGGCUCAAAAACGCGAUGAUACACCCGACGGGCGGCUAAUGGAUGGAGUCCACUUUGGCCUCAUUUUGAUGACCAUUAGAGAGGCCACGAGAUAUUGCGUAGAUGGCGCGUUGGACCUCGUCUUUCACGCGUCGAAACGAAGAAACGACGAAAAUGACAUGUAUGGCGUGCCGCAGGUAUUUCCGCGCCAGCCAGGAUAUCCUCCGGAAGACUCAUUCAUCUCGUUGGAUCCCCGAGGCCACGGUCAUGCGUCCAUGCUCCACGACGGGCAGACACACUGCAACCACGACAAUCGCCAUAUCAGCAAGCAAUUGAUCAAAAACUGGCAGGUUACGGAAUACUCCAAAGCCCUCGAAGCGGACAUGGCAGCCAAGGGAGAGAAAAUCUGGGACUUUGUAGAUGGCAAUACUUUUGAAGAGUUUGACAGAAUAUCUGCGCCGCCGUCGGUAACAUAUAUCGAACUGGUGUAUGAUGAUUUGACGACAGCAGACCCCAAGCGAAUCAUGGCAAAUCGAGCAAAAGCACUCAAAUUCAAAAGCCUCGAAGAGCCUCUGACUGAGUACUCCAAAUUCGAGCUUCUGAUUCCCGAAUGCGAUAUUCAGACCUUUCGAUGCAUUUACGACUUCAUCAACAAAGACGGAUAUCUCGCCACGCCCACCGAUCAAGCAGUCCAGUUCCCCGUCACCCACGGCCGGGGCCCACCUGUCCUCUAUCAUGGACAACAACACGGGAUGACCCCACUACCCCUCCCCAUUCUGGCCGCAACCAAAGACGAGAGCGCCAUCACGCACAUCAAAGUGUUCAAAGCAGCCGAGAAGAUGAAAUUCGAAGAACUCAUGUCCCGUGCCCUGGAGCAACUCUAUCUCAUCCCCCUCACCACCGAAGAUCCCAUUGCUCUCCUCAAACAACUCUAUAAUCUUGAACCUCCCUCGACUAAUCCCAUUCACUCUGAACUCCAUCGCUGGGCGAGACGAUUCCUCAUUCGUUUGGAAGAAGAAGAAGAAGAAGAAGAUCAUCGAAGACCCGACGACGAGUACAUGACGCGCGUGAAUGCUUUACACGCAAUCACUCCUCAUCACUUUCACACGCCGCUGCUACCGCCGCACGUACGCACAAGAAGUAGGAGUAGAAGUAUGAGUAGGAGUAGUUCUUUUCGUCCGAAUAUGCUCAAAAUCCAAACUUGGUAUCCUCAUCAAUGGAGAGAAUUACUCCAAAUCAGUAGACCUUUUCGCGAUGAUGUGGAGCUUGCGAGGGGACAAUUGUAUUAUUUGGGAAGGCCGGAAAAUCUUCAUUCUCAUUCUCAUCCUCAUUCUCAUCAUCUUGGUGGUCGGGUGCAACUUGCAAGGGAGCGGCAACAGCAAUUGUUACUCGAGGCUGGACACGGUUUAGCCGCGCAAGGUAGUAGUACAUUGAGGAGAAUUUUGCCUUUGGGAAUUGGAGUGGCUGGAGGUGGAGGGGAUAUUUCCAGUCUUCUUGGACCUGGAAUCGGAUUUAUGGAUUCUGUGGGAUUGCGUCGUGGUGGUCUUGGCGAUGAUAAUGAUGGGUUUUUUGGUGAUGAGAUUGAGAAUAUCUUGGGUCGUCGGGAGGACUACUCGUUGGGAGAUUUGGGGUUUGGAGGCUUCAUGUCUUCUCAUCCGGCGUUUAUGGCGUUGGGGGGUUCGAGGUCGGUUUCUCCUCUUCCUCCUCCUCUUGGUGGUGGUGGGGUCGGGGGGUUUGGGUGGGGGGUUUGA